AUGGGGAAACAAUGUGCAGUUACUGCCACAACAGGGAUUGCAUGUUCUGUGUAUCCUGCCCAACUCAAGCCAAUGACCAUACAUCGUUGGUCAGGGAUAGGUGAUGGUCGUUAUGACUCAUCUGAAAUGAAAAGAAUUGUGAAAAAUAACGUCCGUUAUAAAGACGUGAUGGACAGAAUUUUCAACACAGACGUUCUGAUCAUUGAUGAAUGCUCAAUGUUUAGUAAAAGACUACUUGAAACUUUGCAUGAAGUAUGUUCUUUAAAAAAUCCACAACUUUAUUUUGGUGGGAUCCAAGUAAUACUUGUUGGUGACUUCGUGCAACUUCCACCUGUGCCUUGUGCUAGAUACAACGAGGAUGGUUCAUAUUGCUUUGAAAGUGAUAUUUACAGAGCAGCUUUCCCUCACCAUAUUAUUCUUAAAGAUGUUAUUAGACAGAAAGACAAAUUAAUGGUUGAGGCUAUCCGUGAAAUAUCUUUAGGUGAAGUUUCAAACGACACUAUCUCUUUAAUCAAGCAAUUAACACGCCCAUUAAAUGGAGAAAGCAUAAAACUUUUUGCAACUAAUGACUUGGUUGAUGAUUAUAAUCGAGACCAAAUACUGGAUUUUCCUGGACAUCUUGUUGAAUUUAAAUCAAGUGACACAGGAGAUAAAAAGUACCUCAAUGACAUGCUGGCUGCAAAAAAUUUGUGGUUAAAAAUUGGAAUUCCAGUUGUGUUAAUUAAGAAUUUAUCCGAUGUGUUAGUGAAUGGACUUAUGGGAGAAGUUUAUGAUAUCUGUGAUGACGGGAAGAUUCUGGUGGAGUUCCCAAAAAUGAAUGAGUUUAUGUUGACAGGGUCAAAUUUGAAGGUAAUAAAUUGUUUUUCAGCAAUUUGA